AUGCGCAAGAUUGAGAGGGCAAUACUUCCUCAGCAGUUCCAUCAGCCAAUGUCCACCAUCUAUAAUGGUAGAACAGACCCUGUGGAGCAUGUGAGCCACUUCAAUAAGAGAAUUGUUAUCCAUUCCAAAGACGAAACCUUGAUGUGCAAGGUAUUCCCGUCUAGUCUAGGACCCGUGGUGAUGAGAUGGUUCGACGGCCUAAGGGCAAAUUCCAUAGAUUCCUUCAAGAAGCUCACUCAGGCAUCUGGCUCUCAUUUUAUUAUGUGUAACAGGGUUCCUCGGCCCUUAGAUUCCCUACUAUCCUUAUCCAUGCAAGAAGAAGAGACCUUGAAGACAUACUCGGACAGAUACUGGGAGAUGUUCAAUGAAAUAAAUGGUAACUUUGAAGACGUGGCCAUUAGUACUUUCAAGGUUGGCCUUCCAGCCGAGCACGGUUUAAAGAAGUCUUUGACUGGCAAACCAGUCACCAAUGUGCGCCAACUCAUGGAUCAGAUUGAUAAAUAUAAGAGGGUUGAGGAAGACUAG